AUGCCGCGUCUGGGCCGCAAGCUGCUGGAAGCGAGCAGCGGUGCGCACGUGGACCACGUGGGUGGCGAGGAGGAGGAGGAGGAGGCGGGGGAGGUGACGGACGACGGGCUGGACGAGGCGGUGCGGGUGCUGCAGAGCUGGAAACAGGUGAAGGAGCAGAUGCAGCAGGUGAGGGUGCUGCAGGGCCCGGAGUUCUGGGAGCGGAUGAAGGCAUUCAAUGAGCAUUUGAAGGAGAGGAACCGGCGGUAUGGAGGCUUGAAGAUGGCUGGGAAGCCGUUUGUCUGGAAGCCUAAGAAGCCGCUCAAGGCUUCGGCGAACGCGGGCAGCAGCAGCGGCAAGGGCGCCAAGGGCGCUCUGCAGGCGGGCGGCGCACACACCUUGCUUGAUGCACUUCUCAUGCAUGUUCUUUCCCCAAUCGCAUGUUCUUUCCCCAAUCUCAUGUUCUUUCCCCAAUCUCAUGUUCUUUCCCCAAUCUCAUGUUCUUUCCCCAAUCUCAUGUUCUUUCCCCAAUCUCAUGUUCUUUCCCCAAUCUCAUGUUCUUUCCCCAAUCUCAUGUUCUUUCCCCAAUCUCAUGUUCUUUCCCCAAUCUCAUGUUCUUUCCCCAAUCUCAUGUUCUUUCCCCAAUCUCAUGUUCUUUCCCCAAUCUCAUGUUCUUUCCCCAAUACGUCCCUCGCAUGUUCUUUCCCCAAUACGUCCCUCUCAUGUUCUUUCCCCAAUACGUCCCUCUCAUGUUCUUUCCCCAAUACGUCCCUCGCAUGUUCUUUCCCCAAUACGUCCCUCGCAUGUUCUUUCCCCAAUACGUCCCUCGCAUGUUCUUUCCCCAAUACGUCCCUCUCAUGUUCUUUCCCCAAUACGUCCCGCUCAUGGUCUUUCCCCAAUACGUCCCUCUCAUGCCGUACUUGCCCUCACACCCUCUCUUCCCUCCCCCUCAGCCCCUCCUAG